CGAACUUCUUCCCUUUCUUACCAGACAAUCAUCGACGUGGAGCAGCAUAUCCCUUUUUUGGCCUUCAAAGCAUCUCACCAUCAUCUUGCUUCAUUUUUUGCUUUUGCCAGACCAUCAGCUUCUCAUCAUCACAAUCAUCCGCCACCACCAUGAAAUCGGCACUCUCGGCCGGCCUUGUUGCCGCCCUCCUCUGUCCCACGUCUGUCAUCGCAGGAUCGACAUGUCCGAAGCUCGCCUACGGCUCGAAACGUGUGACCUGCAUCCUUGAAGUUGACCAUACCACCGUCCACGAUCAUGACCUCGAGCACCUUGACGGCAAACAUCAUGGCCACAAACAUCACGGCCACAAGCAUCACGGCCACAAAGACGUUGACCAGAUUACCACCAUUGUCCGCACAACCAACGUCUACGCCUAUUCAUUCAUCUGGAACUACUUCAUCAAGGACGGCUGCCCCAAGACCGAGGCCUUCUUCAGGCCCAUCUUGCCCAUGCUCGACCAGACGCAGCACACCAUCAACUGCCGAGUUGAAGCCAGAUGGAGCCCCGACAAGCACGCGCCCGGAAACUACUCGGUCGACUACGCCGGCCUGGGCUUGGUCGACUGGAAAUCCCUCCCUGCCAGAAUGGAAUGGCCCUUUGUCGGACACUACGACCCUCCCACUCACUCCAGCCUGCAGGGCUUGAGCGCCAAGUACCAGCGGGCCGAGGACAAAGCCCUGUCCACCCUUGAUGUUCACAGCGGCCACGGCAACGACUUUUCUCACUGCUGGGGCCAGCCGGAACAAGACAGCAAAGGCCGCUCAGGCGGGUCCCAUGGCGAUGGCGGACACGACCACGAUGGCCACGGCCAGGACGACAACAAGGACGGGCUGAAGGACAAGGCCUCACAGGACAUCCAGCACGAGCAUGGCCAGCACGGCCCGCACCAGUCCUUGGUCUCGGUGCAGAAGUCACACAACAAGUUUGGCGGCCACUACAACACCCACAAGCUGCAUUCAUGCUGGGUCUUCGAGAAGUACCACAUCGGUAUUCGCCAUGAGACCUACCAUGUGACUGCAGACCACGGAGACAAGCACAAGAAGGGAGACAAGGACAAGAAGAAAGACAAGGACAAGAAGGGAGACAAGGACAAGAAGGAAGACAAGGACAAAAAGGGAGACAAGGGCAAGGAUGGCGACAAGGGGAAGCAACGGCGGCAGUUCGGUGGCUUCGGUGGCUUUGGCGGCGGCAACGGCGGCAAGGGCGGCAAGGACGGCAAGGACGGCAAGGACGGCAAGGACAGCAAGGACAGCAAGGACAGCAAGGACGGCGGCAGCUUUGGCGGCGGCAGUGGCAGCUUCGGUGGCAUGGUCAACAACGACAUCAACGGGGACGAUGGAUACUAUGGCAAUUGGUUUGACUACUACAAGGGCAACGGCGGCAACCAGCGCACCAAGGACAUUGACGGCAUCCUGAGCAUCAUCGGCAAAGAUGGCGACAAGGGCAACCACGGUGACAACGGACAUGGUCAGGGUGUUGGAUAUGGCCAGAGCGGCGUCCACCGGCCGCUCCCGGGCUUCCCCUUUUACCCUCAGGCUUGGUCGACGUGCCAGCCCGAGUUCCUUGCCCUUUGCGUCGAGGAUGAUGACCACCACGGCGAUGAGCAGAAGAAGCAGGGUGCCGACCUGAGGAAGGAGGAGGACGACAGUUGCAAGGACGGGUCCUGCAGCGACCAAGGGCCGAAUGAGGACGGCGGGGAGGACGGCGGGGAGGACGGCGGUGACGAUGAGUGUGAAGGGGAGGACUGUGGUGAUGACGAGCAUAAUGAGAAGAAGGAUGAUGGAUGCGAUUGUUAG